AUGCUCGUUAGGGAGAGCUUACGUCGACAACUGUUUGAGGACACAAACGCCAUGAACAGAGCCUGCAAAGCAUCGCUUCUGGACCUGGCCAAAGAGGACAAACCUCCUGGAUUUCGCUGUCUUCCACCACGGGGACGAAUUUUGGUGGUUUGUCACUCCAUUUCCUUCAUCGGGUGCAUGGCCAUUGUGGCUGAUGGCGUGAACUGGACCGCUUGGAAGGAAGGUCGCCGCUCGGAGUUCAUUUCCGAAGAAACAUUGAACAAAAUCCCGAUCGUCAGCAUCGUCUACUCCCUCGUUCGGAUCGGCAUGGAUUCCCUUCUGGUCCAUGGGAUCCGCAAGGAACUUGGGAACAUGGCACGGCCAGGUGACAAAACGUUUCAUCACCAGGAAAAUCUCCUAUUCAAUACCCUCCAACCAAGUGCUCCGAUACACCCACAGUGAAACCCAUCGCCAAAAUUGUUUUUCUCUUUCUGACAUUUCGAUCGAAUUUCUGAUGGAUCUUAUGGACCUCGGGUGCCUUUAGCAGAACCACCUGUUAGGUUGGAUUUUUGAACAGAGAACUCUCCGAUAAUGCAGUUUCAAUUCCAGGAAAUGCCUUUUUUUUCCCCCUGGAAUAAAGCUGCAUCAUCGGACAGUUCUCUCUCGAAAAAUCCAUAAUCGUCAUUCAGUGCGUAAAGUUUGCAACGUCCAUUAGGAGAAACUCAUCUCGGCUUAGUGUGUAUGCCUUUGCUGUAUUAACAUGAAUACGCUGACAGAGAGCGCGAGGUUACUGAAGGACAUUUCCGUGAUUCUUGAAACGCCGAUGAACGUGAAUAUCCCCGUGAAACAUGACUUUUGAAAAUAAAGCUGGAUUGUGUUCUUUUUUUCCUA